AUGAGAGGGGGAAACCACUUAGGAAUGAAAAGCUUGGUGCAGCUGUUCAACGAGUGGGAGAUCCAACUACUAGUGCUUGUUAGCUUCACGCUACAAUUCUUUCUCUUCUUUACCGGCGGCCUCCGGCGGCGUAUCAGAAGCAGUGUACUGAGAUCAUCAGUCUGGCUAGCCUAUCUGGGAGCGAACUUGGUAGCCGCUUAUGUCCUAGGCCUCAUCACACGACAAGAGGUUUCUACUCAUCACCUGUUUUUUCUCUGGGCGCCCUUCCUCCUCAUACAUCUCGGCGGACAAGACACCAUCACUGCUUUUGCCAUCGAGGACAACACUCUCUGGCUGAGGCAUCUGUUGAAUCUUGUUGUCCAGGUGAACCUCACCCUGUAUAUCUUUUGGAAAUCAUUUGAUGGCGGCCCUAAUAUGCAGCUUCUUGCUCCUAGUAUCCUUUUGUUUGUUACUGGCACUAUCAAGUAUGGGGAGAGAACAUUGGCUUUGUGGUGUGGCAAUGUAAGAAACAUGAGGGAAAUUUGGGGUGGUUCUGAAUCGGAAACGCGCCUUGAUACCUCUUCUGAAGACCUUGUUUUCUAUGCCUUGCCUUCAGCAAAGGUUAUCCGUUGGUUUUUUACUAGCCUUUCGUACAAGCCUCACGCUAACCGUUGGGAUAUAGAUAGUUUACAGCCAGACCUUUCAACCAAGUUAUUCGGGAUCAUGGAGAUUCAACUCGGCCUGAUGUAUGAUGAUAUCUAUACUAAGGCCCUGGUGCUUCGGACGUGGGGUUGCACCAUACUUCGGUACAUCUCACAUAUUACCUUUCUGGCCGCUUUAGUGCUCUUCUCUGUAAUAAGAAACAAAGAAGAGAGGUGGUACUACAGUUCUGUUGACACUGUAAUCACCUAUGGCCUAUUUUUUGGCGGUUUCUCUCUUGAAGUUUCCUCAUUAUGUAUCAUCAUGAUGUCACCUCGGACUUGA